AUGUCUGCACCCAGACUGAUCCACCGCGCUCUGCGGCCUAUGUCAUCAUCCUGCAAUCCUGCAAUCAACCGCUCAUUCGGUACGACUGCUCUACGCUUCAUCGACGCCAAAGACCGUGCCCAUCCCAAUGUCCAGGGCCACCGUGACAACCAGGCUAACAAGUCGCCGAACCAAUUCGUGCCUAACACCACCUCCACCAUGACCAAGGACUUCCCCAAUGUCGGAAACAAGCCCGCACCGCCUGAGAUGCUGAACUCUGUCAACCCGAACUACCGCCCCAAUGACCCAUACCCUGGAAGAAUUGAACAUUUCACCGGUGGUCGCCAGGAGAGUGGUGCUCAGAAGCCCGAACUUGGAGUUGGUGAGAUGGAGGGUAUUACCUUCAAGGUUGAGCCUCUGAAGCGAUCUGGAGAAGAUACUACGACCAUGCGGGCUCGGUUAUUAUACCAAAGCCGCAAGCGCGGUAUCCUUGAAUCCGACCUCCUCCUUUCCACCUUCGCCGACGUUUACCUCCGCAACAUGACUGCCGAGCAGCUCCAAGAAUAUGACCGCUUCCUCGAUGAGAAUGACUGGGACAUUUACUACUGGGCCACCCAGGACCCGCCCGAGGCUACCGGUGAGAAUCCUCCUGCCGAGGACCAGCUGACGGAGACCUGGAAGGAGACUGGCGCGAAGAGCGGCGAGUGGGCGCAGACCAUUGGUGCUUUCAGGGCUGCGUACCGACCUGUUCCACAGCGGUGGGAUGGAUCUGAAGUGCUGGAAUUGCUGAGACAGCACGUGAGGGACAAGAGUGCCACUGGGUUUGAGUCGGCGAAGAAUAAGAAGACUGGUGGUGGUGGUGGAUUGGGACGGAUGCCCAAUGUGCAGGUUUUCAACUCCUAG